ACGGCAAUAACUAGUGGUAAAGUAACCAUUGAUGGAACUGACAUAAAAGCUGCUGACCUUAGAAGAAUGCUGGGGUAUUGCCCUGAAGCAGAUACAUUAUUUCCCAAACUUUCUCCAUAUGACCAUUUGGUUUUUUUCUCUUUGUUACGCAAUAACAGUAUCAAGGAAGCGGAUGCUUUAGAAAUGUUGACACAGAUAGGGCUUGCUGAUAAGGCGAAUGUGUGUUCUGAAGUUUUGUCAUGUGGCCAAAAGCGGAAAAUUUCAAUAGCCUGUGCUUUUGUUGGCAACACAAAGACCGUCAUCCUGGAUGAGCCUUCAACUGGACUGGAUCCAGGCUCCAGACAAGACAUGUGGAGAGCUUUGAAAAGUUGGCGCCAAGGUCGAACUAUUUUUAUGACCACACAUUUUAUGGUUGAGGCCGAGAACUUGGGUGACAGGAUAGCCAUCAUGGAGAAAGGCAGGAUCAAGUGCUGUGGGACUCCAAUGUUUCUCAAGGAAAAAUGUGGACUGGAGCACAUGCUAACUAUUGUCAAGGGAGACAACUGCAAGGACCACAAGGUUGUCCAAUAUGUCAUGUCUAUUAUAAGAAAAGCCAUUUUUCAGACUUCAAACAAUAGUGAAAUAUCUUUUACAUUGCCUGGAAAUCGUGGCACGGAAAUUCCAAAACUGUUGCAAGGCCUGGAAGAGAACAAGGAAACAUUGAAUAUAACUUCAUAUAUGGUGGCUUCAACUUCUGUAGAGGAUGUGUUUACAAGACUGGAUGAAAAUACUGAAGCAGAAAUUAAAUCCCCUACCAAAACUUUCAGCCCACCAGAUUCUCCACAUUUCAUGGACACUAUUAAAGGGGCAGAUUUUAGCUCCAGCACAGAUAUCCUUCCCACCAACCAACCAUCCCCAGAGCAUAUAGAAAUUGCUAUUAGUCAAGUACAUCAUAUCACUGGCCAUCCACUGAGAGUUCAACAGCUCUACGCAUUAAUGAGAAAAAGAUGGAUUUUGUUUCAAAGAAACCUUCUACCGGUCCUUCUCUUUAUGUUAGCCAGCAUCAUGUUGUUGGUCUUGUGCAUAAUAGAUAGUAACCAGUCUCAACUUUCAAAGUCCAUGUACUUCAAGGCUCAGGAUUACAACGAUAUCAUUGUGGUUAUGGGUAAACCCUUACAACCAGAGGCACAACAAAUUUACAACAGUGUCAAAGAACUGUUACCACCUGACUUUCAUGUCAUUGAGCCUGAUCCAACUUCGACGUACUACGACUACCUGAAAGACUGGGGCCAAGCCAAUUCUGUGGACAAAAACAGAGACAACCUUAUGAUGGGGUUUGAAAUCAAGCAGCCUCCAGAGUCUAGCAUUGUGUACUAUCAGAGCUCAUUUGUUCACAGUGAAGCUGUUGCGGUAAACCUUCUGCUGAAUGCGCAUGUCCGAGCUUAUCUUGGUGCUACCCAUUCAAUCCAAAGUGGGGUUUAUCCCCAUGAUUCGUAUAGACAAGAUUUCAAAACUCAACUGUGGAUGAUGAGACUAAUACACUUAUCCUUAAUUGGAUUUCAACUUUUUGUUAUAAGUUGGCACAUAUAUGAACGAAGCUCAGGGGCCCAACAACUCCAGUCUAUCAGUGGUUGCCACUACUGCAUGUUCUGGUUCAGCAACUUUCUCUUUGACCUUGCUGUUUUACUUGUGUGCUCCACCCUACUCUGGCUGCAUGUCUGCGCCCUGCAUGUCUUGGCCUUCGACUACCAACAUAUGCUGUUGCUCAUGUUUAUGCAGUUUAUGCUUUUUGUAGGCGUCUUGCCUUUGUUGUAUUUGUUCCAGUAUUUCUUUCAUAAAGCAUCAACUGCGUCAUUUCUCUUUGUGAUUCUUACGACAGCUUAUGCUAUUCUAUUGAGUAGUAGUAUUCAAACCUACCUUGUGAUUUCUCCAAACGUUUUAUUUUUGGAAUUUUAUUCUACUAUAUUGGGCACUGCAAAGCUAGAAGGAGAUUCUUUAGGCCUUUUAAGUGGCACAUACUGGUUGAAAAGCUUAACAUCAUCCUUGUUUUUUUGGUUUAUGCUGUUGGUGGUAAUUGAAUGGGAUCAUACUACUGGCCAUAAGUCUUCCAAUAUUUACGAGGAAGGAAAAAAGAAAGAAACUAACAAAGUGACAAGCGAAAUAGCCCUAGAAGGGGAUGAUGAGGUCAUUACAGAAAAAAACCGAAUCUUGAACUCAAACAUUAAGGAUUUGUUUGAUACAGAUGAGUUGAUUUUAGUGAAAGUAAGCAUGCGUUUCCUCAACUGCAUGGCUUUACAUUUGGCUGUGGAUGAUGUAAGCUUUGGUGUUGCAAAAAGUGAAUGCUUUGGAUUGCUUGGGGAAAAUGGAGCUGGAAGGUCAACGAUGUUCAGACUUCUUGUAUGUGACCUAUCGUUCUGUAAUGGGGAUAUAUACUACAGUGGACUCAACCUCUAUAAAAAUAAAAUAAAAAUCUAUCAGAAUAUUGGCUACUGUCCCCAACAAGAUGGUUUCCAUGGUGAUCUGACAGGACGAGAGUCCCUUCAGCUCUACGGGCAGUUGAAAGGAAUUCCAAAAGAAAACCUUAAAGAAGUAAUCGAUGGCCUACUUAAACAAGUUAUGCUGGAAGCACAUGCUGAUAAACUGGCAAAAUAUUACAGCUCAGGGGAUAAACGCAAGUUAUCCAUUGCAAUUGCUAUGAUUGGGAGUCCCAAAUUUUUGUUAUUGGAUCAACCAACAUCUGGUGUGGAUAUCAUAUGCAAAAAAGCUAUUUGGUCAGUUGUACAAAAUUUGAAAAAACAAGGAACUACUGUUGUCUUAUCAUCUGACAGCAUGGAGGAGUGUGAGGCCCUGUGCACCCGUCUGACCAUCAUGGCUCAGGGCAAGCUCCUGUGUCUGGGCACUCCCCAGCACCUCAAGACAAAAUACGCCCAAGGUUUGACCAUCAUUGUACAUCUGAAACCUCAACCUGGACAUGCCAUGGAUGAAGUGAUCAAAUACUUGAAGGAACUCUUUGAUCAGAUAGAGAUAUUCAACCAACUGGACACCUACCUCCACCUUCAAGUCCCAGCAGAAAUGUUUCCUCUCUCUGUAUUGUUUGACAAGAUGGAGACAGCCAAGAAAGAUCUCGACCUUGAACAUUACACCAUACAGCAGGCAUCACUGGAACAAGUUUUUCUAAUGUUGUUGAAUAAAACUAAAACACUAAACAAAACAGAACGGGCUGGGUCAAAACUUACUGAUGUUCAAGAACAAAAUGACAAGCACAGCACUGUUCUGUAGCAACACUUAAAAUAGAAUGUACUGUCAUGCAGUGUACGGCUGUCAGGUAGUUUUUCUCAUGUUCAUGAAUAAAAAGGUCAUAGAAAAAGGUAGUCUGUCCAAUUUUCAAAUAUAAAAUCAAGUCACUCGAAAAAUAUUUAAAAAGCAGGUCUUUCUGAUACUCAUGAAUAAAAACAUC